CUUGUUUUGCAGGACUGUGGAGCAGACUGUGCUAAGUUCCAGAAGAGUGAACUGGAGUACAAAUUCAACAAGAAAGCCUUAGAAAGGCCGUAUACCUCUAAACAUUCCUGGGGAAAGACCUAUGGGGAGCACAAGCGUCACUUGGAGUUUAGUCAUGACCAAUAUAGAGAGCUAAAGAAAUAUGCAGAGGAAAUUGGCAUUUUCUUCACAGCUUCUGGCAUGGAUGAGAUGGCUGUGGAAUUUCUACAUGAACUGGAUGUUCCAUUUUUCAAAGUAGGAUCAGGAGAUACAAACAAUUUUCCAUAUUUGGAAAAAACUGCAAAGAAAGGUCGCCCAAUGGUGAUUUCCAGCGGUAUGCAGUCAAUGAACACAAUGCAUCAGGUUUAUCAGAUUGUGAAGCCCAUCAAUCCAAACUUCUGCUUCUUGCAAUGUACCAGUGCAUACCCGCUUCAGCCAGAGGAUGUCAAUCUCCGUGUUAUAUCGGCAUAUCAGUCAGCUUUUCCUGAUAUCCCCAUUGGCUAUUCGGGGCACGAAACUGGCAUAGCCAUUUCAGUGGCAGCUGUUGCUAUGGGUGCUAAAGUAGUGGAACGCCAUGUGACUCUCGACAAAACAUGGAAAGGAAGUGACCACCAAGCAUCCCUGGAGCCAAAUGAAUUGUCAGACUUAGUGAAAGCCAUCCGAACCGUGGAAAAAGCAAUGGGUUCUCCAGUCAAACAACUACUGCCCUGUGAAAUGGCUUGCAAUGAAAAGCUGGGAAAGUCUGUUGUGGCGAAAGUGACAAUUCCUGAAGGUGCAGUGCUGACACUUGACAUGCUCACAGUGAAGGUGGGAGAGCCUAAGGGAUUUCCCCCAGAAUCCAUCUUCGAUCUGGUGGGCCAGAAGGUUAAAAAAAGAGUUGAAGAAGAUGAAACCAUCACUGAGCAAGCUAUAGAAAAUCAUGUCAAAAAAGUGAAGUGCUAAACUAAGUGCUCCAUUCCGCAUUUCAUGAUGUGCACUACUGCACAACAUAUUUAAGUAUAGGAGCAUGGUAGAUUCAGAUUUUCUUCUGAAAGAUGUGUAAUUAUGAGGAUUCAAGCAAGUUAGAAUUUCAGGUUCUCAUUAGCAGGAAGUCUCUGGCACAAGUGGAUAUAAAUUAUGAAGACCAAUU